AUGGCUACUUUCUUGUUGAUGUGUGAGGAAACUGAGAGAAGUUUGAGGAAACAGCGUGUUUUCCGAGAUCGCACCUUGCAGCUUGAGACACUGACAGACUUGGACCUGAUAUCGCGUUAUCGACUCACUCGCGAAGCCAUUUUCUGUCUCGUUGGCAAAGUUCGUCCUUUGGUCGAAAGACCAACACAGCUUCUUGGUGUCGUCGACGGAACACUUAUUCCCAUAAAACGACCAUCACCAAACGACGAAGCGCCCUACAUAUGUCGGAAGGGAUACCAUGCCAUCAAUGUGCAAGCAAUAUGCGACAGCUCUCUCCGCUUUACCAACGUGGUGGCAAAAUGGCCAGGAUCGACUCACGAUUCUUUGAUUUGGAGUAGUAGUCAAGUUGGGAUGAGGAUGGAGGAUUUUUUUGGUUUGGAAUUUAUAUCCUAUAUUUGUAAACAAAUGUUAUUUGGCUUCUACUAUUUGUACAGAUAUGCAUGCAGACAUUGGAUGCUAACCCCCUUAGUAGAUCCUCCGACGAAGCCUGAACAAAAGUACAAUGCAGCCCAUAUCAGGACAAGAAACACUGUUGAAAGGGCCUUUGGUGUGCUAAAGUCCAGAUUCUGGUAUAAUAUCAAAAUUACAUGUGUCUCGUUUCAGAAAUGUAAUGGAAAACCAGAUCAGGGACUGGUCAGUUAUUACAGAGAAGAGAGAGAGAAUAGAUUAACAAUAACAUAA